CUGUUUAAUUUGAUAACAUUUUAACCAAUCAGAAUAACAUUUUGUUCUAGCCACAUAACUGUACAUAAGAGAGAAUUUAUUAUAUUGGUUAAACACACUGCGAGAAAUGUGUGCAGGUUUUACAACAUUUUGUGGAAUAAAACUUAAAGAAACUAUUACUAUGUUUAGUGAUUUUUUAGUUUUCGUCUAAUUAAUUUGUAUCUUAGAAACGCAAAGGAUAGAAUGUAUGUUAGUGGAAAGUGAAUAACUUAUUUGAGAUAAAAUCGCUGCACAAUACUGACUUUCUAACAGUAAUGUUAUAAAUUGCGUUGAAAACAAUGGACAAAACAAACACUGCGUCAUUACGCAGCAUGGCUCCUCAUUGGAGUCUUGCUGGAGACAAACAGCUCCUCAACAUUUUACAAGAUAUACAUCAGAAAAUAAUGACUCGUUGCCAAGAGACAAAUGCAAAAUUGGAGGAAAUGGCGAAUGCACUGGAUGGGGCUAACAUUGAUCUGCAGAAUGUCAACAAUAAGUUCAUGGCCCUGAGCAAUAGCCAAUUUAUUGAAAGUAGAGUUUACGAAGAUGAUAUAGUUGUUACUAACGAAGAUACCACAACUAAGCCAUUACCUCUAAAGGAUCCAGAAACAGAACUGACAAACUUAAAACAGAGCCUUAAGACUUUGGAAUCAAUGCACGAGUGUGUUAGAAUAUUGAACAGCGAAAGUGAUUCCGAUUCAGAUGAUGAUGAUGGCAGAAUGGUAUUCAGGCCUAAAGAUCUGUAUUCUCAGCGACCAUUACCUCAUAUCAUAGGAUCACAAGCAUGGAAGAGGAAAUGGCAUGCUGGUCUUAUAGCAGAAGACAGUGACAGCGAUAGUUCAACAUCAAAGGCAGCUGAAGCCGCACCUGACCAGUACUCGGUGUCUGAAUCUGAGGAAUCUGACAUACAAACUGACAGAUUGAAUAUACCACAGAGAACGAUAUCAUCAAGCAGUUCAAUGGUGGAGUCAGAGCAGAGUGCGCCACCAACUGCAGUCAGUCAGGCGCACAUCGCUGCUGAGUUGGCGCGCAAACUGGCCGGCAACUUACCUGAGAUUCCAGUAAGAACGCCAGAACCAGAGAUAACAAAACCCCAGCAAGUUCCCGCCGUUUAUAAACCACAAAAACCUCCUACUUCUACAAUAUUCUUCGAUGAACCACCUCCUCUGGAUGACACAUAUCAAUCAGACGGAGACGACUACAACGACGAAGACGAUGAUAUAUUUGCAGAGUUGCACCAAAAUAAACCAACUGUUAGUACAAAUAAAGACCAAAGUCGUUUGAACGAAGAUCUUUUUGGUGGCCUAAACAAUUCUAGUAAUACUGUUGACAUAUUUGGAUCUGAGCAGAAAGAAACUAUUAAACCAAAUUAUGAGGAAACUGAACCUGCUAAAGAUAAGAAACCAAUCGGUGGAAUCUCAGUUUUUGGAUCUAUGAAAGGAACCGAAAGUAUUGGAGCUUCAAUUUUAAAACGUAAUCCACGCAAAACUUACAGUUCAGAUGAAAGCGAUGAAGAUAUGUUUAAAAGUAAUCAGAAAUCCAUACAAACUGGAUACACUGAAGGCGUACCAUCGAAAAAUAAUGCCAAUACAGUAACAAAUAAACCUAAAGAUGAGACACAAACAGAUAUACAAGAUAAACCAGAGACUAAAGAAAAGAAACCUGGGAAACCAGAAAGAGAUAUCUUAGAUGAUCUAUUCAGCAAAAAUAAGCCUAGUCAAAUUAAAAGCAAAGAUACCAAGCAAGAAUUAAUUACAAAAGACAAAGACCUCUUCAGUGAUAACCUUUUUGAUGAUAUUGAUGACAUUUUCACAGAUAAUAAAGUACCUAUAAAAGAAGCUAAUAAAAAUGUAAAAUCAAUAUUUGAUGAUGAUGAUGGUGAUGACGAUAUAUUUGCAAAUGUCACAGUUAAUGAAACUAAUGCACCCAAAAACAACGUAAACGAAGCAAAAGACUUAUUUGAUAGUGACAGUGAAUUGUUUUCAGAUAUUCCUAUAAAAACUAAUAUAGAACAGCCUUCUAUAAGCAAAGUUGAUAAUAAUGCAAUUAGUGAUAAGAAAAAUAUUAAAAGUAUUUUUGAUGAAGAUAGCGAUGAUGAUAUAUUUUCUAAUGUUCAAAUUAAAUUAACUUCACAAGAAUUUGAUGAUAAAUUGAAAACUGAAGUUACUAAUAAAAGUAUAGAUUUUGAAAAAGAAAAUUCCAAUUCCUCUUCUGAGUUAGCAACAGAUCCUAAAGCUAUAAAUGUUGAUUCAUUCAAGAAUGAUUCAGAAAGUCAUGGAAACAAUUCUCAAAAUGAUACUAAGAUUGAAAGCGACAGUGAAAUAUUUGCUACUAAAAUGGAAAAUACUCCCCUACCUUCACUACCUACUGAACAGUCUCCCGCAGACAUAUUCAAUGAUAUAUUUACCGAUGUACCACCAGACUUUGAAAAACCGAAAGAACCUAAAAAAAGUAAAAACAUCAACGCACUUUUUGAUGAUGAUUCAGAUGAUGAAGCAUUAUUUUUCAAAAAAGAUGAUGCAAUAUCUGACGAAAAACCUGACGUUAGUUCUACGGUUAAAGAUGAUCUAUUCAGGAUAUUUAGUGAUGAACCACCUGCUAUUGAUAUAGAUUUGCCGACAGAAACUACAAAUGAAGUCAGUGAACCAGAGUUGCCAAAGCAAAUUUUAUCUAAAAACCUUGAUGAAUUGUGCAACCAACAACCAAAAUUACAUGAUGGGAAUCAAACAAAGGACUUCAAAGAGAAAGAAAUCGUUCAUAAAGUUAAUGAUGAUAUUGAUGGUAGUAAAAAAACUAUUGGAAAACUUAAAGCUAUGAAUUUAAACAUAAAUGUUAAUACAUUAUUACCUGGUGCUUCUCCUAAUAAAUCUAAACCCAUCGAAGAACCUGACGGACUUUUAUCCAUCCCGGAUACAGAUAAACAAAACGACACAGAAGAAAUAGUGUCAACGCUUGUGAAAUCUGUCAGCUUCGAAGGUGACGCGGAUUCGGAACUUCUAAACAAUAAAUUGUCUAAAGAAAGAGCUAAAAUUCAAGUUAAAAGACGACCAUCUACAAGAAGAGCUAGGCGAGAAGCUGUUAAAAAAUCAGGCAUUGAUUUCGGCAGUACUGACUCAACAGACAACUCUAGUUCAAUAGACAGUCCAAAAAGUACAACAAAAACAGUUGUAAGUACAGAAAGAAAUGUCAAAUCUAAAGUUGUAUAUAUUUUAAACGACGAAGAUAUAUUUACGAAUGUUAAAACGGAGAAAAACGGCAAUGAAAAUGCAAAAAUUCAAACUUGCAAUGAAAAUUUACAAACUCCCGUGAAUAGUACUGAAAUUUUCGUUGAAGACAUUUUUAAACAAACUCAGUCUUCCAAAAUAGAAAGUGAUUCAAUUAAAUCGUUAAAAACUAUAGACAAACAACAGACAAUCGAAAAAGAAAAUAUAAAUUCUUCAACAAAACCCGACAACUCUCAAAAACCAGCAAAAUGUAAAGCAUCUAUAUUUGAUGAUAUGAGCGAUGAGGAAACUGAAUUAUUUUGUAAUAAAAAACCAGUUGUCACAAAUACUAAAAAUAUAUUUGGAUGUGACAGUGACGAAGAACUUUUUGGAAACAACAGCAAGAAAUCUGUAGAUAUAGUCGAAAAGAAAUCAACUAUUAAGGUUGACGUGAAAAAAUCGUUAUUUGACGACGAUAGCGGAGAUGACCUCUUUGGUGGUGGAAAGAAUACAGGAAGAAGUAUAUCAAUAAAGCCUAAAGAAAUAAAACCAACGAAAACAGAGGCUGUUGUCAAAGAUCCUUUAUCAUUGCUUUCUGAUGAUGAUUAACAUCAGCUUAGAAUUUUAUAUUCAAAAAUGUACCAGAACAAAUUAUAUAGUUAACACUUUCACUGCUGUCUGGCAAUUCCGUUUUCAUACAGAAAAGGCAUUAAAGGUGUUAAAGAAUUGUUAUAAAUCUUCAAAUAUCUUGUCGGCUCAAGUACACAUCUGUACGGAGCCGCCAAGAUAUUUGAUAAUUACUAUACAGUUGUAUUUACUACUUAAGCGAAUUAAUGCAGGCAUAGUGCCAAUGUAAUUAAAAAAAUUAAAAUAUCUAUUGUUAAAAUUUUAACUAUUUUUAAGAUAAAAAGCUAUAGUAAACUUAAGUGCAAAUGUCAAUCAUUCCAAUAUAACAAUGAGAUUUAUAAAUAUAUA